CCAGUUUGGGGGCUGUUACCCCGGGCGCGGUUGGACGUCGCUGCCGUUGGCUCUUCUCGCCCCUCGUUCCCCUUGGGAACCGCCUGGGAACUCCGCCAUGUCAUCCACUUCGCCCAACCUCCAGAAAGCGAUAGAUCUGGCUAGCAAAGCAUCGCAAGAAGACAAGGCUGGGAACUACGAAGAAGCCCUUCAGCUCUAUCAGCAUGCUGUGCAGUAUUUUCUUCAUGUCGUGAAAUAUGAAGCACAGGGUGAUAAAGCCAAGCAAAGUAUCAGGGCAAAGUGUACAGAAUAUCUUGAUAGAGCAGAAAAACUAAAGGAGUACCUGAAAAAUAAAGAGAAAAAAGCACAGAAGCCAGUGAAAGAAGGACAGCCGAGUCCAGCAGAUGAGAAGGGGAAUGACAGUGAUGGGGAAGGAGAAUCUGAUGAUCCUGAAAAAAAGAAACUACAGAAUCAACUUCAAGGUGCCAUUGUUAUAGAACGACCAAAUGUGAAAUGGAGUGACGUUGCUGGACUUGAAGGAGCCAAAGAAGCACUGAAAGAGGCUGUGAUACUGCCUAUUAAAUUUCCUCAUCUUUUUACAGGCAAGAGAACACCUUGGAGGGGAAUCCUAUUAUUUGGGCCGCCUGGAACAGGAAAGUCCUACUUAGCCAAAGCUGUAGCAACAGAAGCCAACAACUCAACAUUUUUUUCAAUAUCUUCCUCUGAUCUUGUUUCUAAGUGGCUAGGUGAAAGCGAAAAACUGGUUAAGAAUUUAUUCCAACUUGCCAGAGAGAACAAGCCCUCCAUUAUCUUCAUUGAUGAAAUUGAUUCUCUAUGUGGUUCAAGAAGUGAAAACGAAAGUGAAGCCGCACGUAGAAUUAAGACGGAGUUCCUAGUGCAAAUGCAAGGGGUUGGUGUAGACAAUGAUGGAAUUUUGGUUCUGGGAGCUACAAAUAUACCCUGGGUUCUGGAUUCUGCCAUUAGGCGAAGAUUUGAGAAACGAAUUUAUAUUCCUUUGCCGGAACCCCAUGCCCGAGCAGCAAUGUUUAAACUGCACCUGGGGACCACUCAGAACAGUCUCACGGAAGCAGACUUUCGGGAACUUGGGAAGAAGACAGAUGGUUAUUCAGGGGCAGAUAUAAGUAUCAUUGUACGUGAUGCACUUAUGCAGCCUGUUAGGAAAGUACAGUCAGCUACUCAUUUUAAAAAGGUUCGCGGACCUUCCCGAGCUGAUCCUAACCAUCUUGUAGAUGAUCUGCUAACACCUUGCUCUCCAGGUGACCCUGGUGCCAUUGAAAUGACAUGGAUGGAUGUCCCUGGAGAUAAACUUUUGGAGCCAGUUGUUUCCAUGUCGGAUAUGUUGCGGUCACUAUCUAACACAAAACCUACAGUCAAUGAACAUGACUUGUUGAAAUUAAAGAAGUUUACAGAAGAUUUUGGUCAAGAAGGCUAAACCAAAGACAAGGAAGAUGCUUACCCAUAUGUAUUCUUUCUUUCAUAGAUAUUUUUGUCUAUUUUGGAUCGCAUUGAUUGUUUCCAGUAAAACACUUUUACCACAGGGAAAUACACAUCUCACUUCAGAAUUCCAUUAGGUUUUAUAUUGUACUUUUCCUCCAUUACUUAUUAAAUACUCCUAUUAACAAAAUGUACAAAACAACAGGUUAUGAGGAAAUGAGCGAUAUAUGAAUGGCAAAAAAUAGAAAUUACCCAGUAGAAAGGAUGUCAGAAAUUGAUUGACAUACAAAUAUUUAAAAUUUUUAUGAAUAGUGGUCUUUGCAAAGAGCAUUUAUCUUUUUUUUUUACUAAAAUGAUAUAGGGUUUAUUUUAUAUUUUCAAAAAAAUUGUUAAACAUUCUUAUCAAUGUAAAAUUUACGUUAUUAAAAAAUUACAAAUGAUAGAAUCUUUACUCUCAGGGAUGGGCAAUAAAACAGCAAAGAGCAUUGUGAUUGGGUUUGAAAGAUUGUGAAUUAUAGACAGUGCUCUUACUGGUUUUUAAUAAGUUGAUAUUUUUUUCUGUGUAGAUUUAAAUAAUUUCUUUAAAAUAAGUAAGCUUUGACUGGG